AUGGACAGUUACCCGGCUCGGCGCGGACAUCGGCCUGGUGUGCCAGAAGUGCAGACGCUACGUGAUGAUUCCUAG